GGCCCAUUCAUCCACCCCUUCCCCAGCAAUCUUGAAGGGCGCCAUCUCCCCAGUUUUUCAGAUUCAGAACUGAGGCCCAGAGAGGUUCUGUGGUUUUCCUAAGAUCCCACAGCCAGCACAAGACUGAAAUUCGAAUCCACGGCUGAUUCCAAGGCUCUAUUCCUUAGCCUUAUUCCCGGAGAGAGCAAGAACACCUGUGCAGUGAGGUGCAACACAGGGAGGGAAAGCAGGUCCAGUCCGGGUGCCGACUCCAGUACUCGCCAGUGAGUGGCUUUGGGUCUGCCUCGGUUGCCCCAUCUGUAUAACUGGGAAUAACAAUUCCUGUCCUGCCAGCCUCCCUGGACUCCUAUAAAGGACAAGAAUACAGGUGGAAGCGCAGAGAAAACGGAGAUGUCCCAACCGUUGGGAGCUAGCGCGCAUCGUGCUUUAACAGUUCACAAGGUAUACAGCAUAGAAAGCACGUCCCUCUGUCACCUCAUGUCACCCCAUGUCACCCCUGCCUCAGCUCACCAACCCUCUCCUGCACAAUGGCAAACCGAAGCAGAGGAAUCGGAUGCCUCGCCUCGAGUCAGGCAAGGUGGUGGGGGCCGGCCAGGCCAGGAGCCGGGUGCGCCUCCGACCACCAGCGCAAGGAGGCGCCAUGGGCCCACCGCGAGCCCCGGCGGCUCAGCGACAGCUGUUCGAGAUCGGCACACCGGCUCUCAGCUCCCAGGCUUCGAAGAGCGCCGGAGGUGCCUGGGGUUCCAGGGGCGCCCGGGAGCGGUGGAAGAGAAUGCACAGAGACUGAACUUGAAAUGUGAAGUCCGGAAAACCAGCUGCCUCUCCCCGCUGUGUGACCUCUAAUGAAACAUUUGACCUCUUGGAGCUUCAUCUAUAAAUACAGAAAUAUAAUUCCCUCCCCCUCUGCCACUCCAACCCAGGCGGCCAAAGGCUCCUAAAGCUACAAAAUGAGAUCGCUGAUUCAGGCUAGCAGUGCAAACUGUAAAGCCCCAUUCAUACGGGAGGAAUUCGCGUUCUUUCUCCUUCGCCUUGGACUGGUGUCUGAAGCCCCUCAGUCAAGGCUUGCCUGGUCGCCGCAUUCCCAUUUUGUGGAUGAGCAAAUGAAGGCUGAGAGAGGUCGCUCUUUCGGGGGUCGCGUGGAGCAUCGGGCAGGGGCAGACUGGUCUCCCGACGCCAGCCCCAGACUCUGUCCCUUUCUCUUCCCGCCGACACUCCCUGGGAGCACUGACCUCGGGCGACAGAGUAUGGAGAGCCGCCUCGAUCUUCCACAGAGACGGGGAUGCUCAGGAGGAGGCCGCGACAGCUUUCAGUUCGCGGACUCCGGGCCUGAGAGCCGCGGCCGCGGGGAACUCGGCCAUCGAACCACGGACGCUCGGCGCGAGCCUCUUCGCCCGGGCCGGGGAAAGGCUGCCUCCGAGUCCCCAACACCUUGCGUCGUGUGUCUGUGUGCGACGACGACUGUCUACACGACCACCACGUGCUGGCGUGUGAGCGCCUUUGUGUGUCCGCGGCUGUGUCUAUACUGGCAAGUUGGAGGACGAGGCGGGGGAAGGUGCGCAGGGACCCGGAGCAGAUGUGGAGAGGAGGGGUCCCGACACGGGACGGCGACGGGGGCGGGGGCGGAGGGGGAGAGCGAAAUGAUUCUCAGCUGCGAAAGAAGGAAGCUCUGGAGUCUCGCUCUCCCUGUCUGCUGCGACUGCUGCAUAAACAUGAGCCCCCCCGGGGCAGUGGCCUGGCCAAAAAUCCCCGGGACCUCUGCUGUGCCCGUCCAGCCGAGGUGUCGUCGACCGAGCUCAGUUCCCCGGCCCACCAGCCGUCUGGAGCCUCCACCACCUCAUGCCUGAGCGAGCCACCAGCGCUCCUUCUACAAGUGGCCCAGCCAGAGCCCGGAGAGGGUAGGCCACUCGCUGUGGGCGGCGGCAGGCCGGGGGCGCCACCCUCGAGAGCCAAGGUGCAGGACUCGAUCGGCUGGGCUCGGAAACAGGAGGUCUGGGGGACGGGGAGGGAACACCCCUGACUCCCGUGUCCUCUUCUCUCGGAUCUCGGAUCUCGGAUCUCUAGCCCUCGGCGACCCCGAUCCUGCGUACAGUACGGGGUCCGCGGCCUGCCCGGUCCCUCCAUCCCUCUCCCUGUGGACAGUUCCCUUGUCUACGCUCAAGGGAAUCAGCCCCAGGUGCCUUAGCUGGAGGUAGGGGUAUCCUCCAGGGUCCCCCUCCCCCCCCCCAAGCAGGAUUUCUUAGCGCACACGCCCUGCCACUAGGACCUUGUGUCCCUCCCUUUCCCUUCCAGGUUCUCUGUGGCUCAGUCCCAGCCUCUUGUGCCUCCCUCUCCCAGUCUCUUUCUUGCUCUCUGACCCAAUUUACUCGUUCCACGGUGUCUCGCCUUUGUCUCUGUCUCUGCCUCUCAUCGGAUCUCGAGGAUCUCCGCCUGCCCAUGAAGCACACCCCCCCCCUCCACCGCCCCUGCAAAGGAACACACACCGGCAGAAUCCGCCUUUUCAAUAAAAAACGACAACUGGGAAACAGAGUGAAUU